GUAAUUGUUUUGUGCAUUGCAGUGUUCUUGGAUUUUGUUUUUGUUUCAUUUUCAGGGAUAUUUCACCAAAAAAUGGCAGUGAAGUGUUUUUCUCACAUGAAAUUUAUGAAAAAUACUCAUUGGCUCCGAGCCUCACUGAAUUAUGGCAUUUAUCAAACAGAGAGGCAAAGAGAAAUGAAGAGGCAUUGGCAAACUCUUCAGAAAACAAAAGGAACUGUAGUGCACAGGCUGCAGAGCCACUUGAGGUGGAGGAUAAAACCGCAACUGAUGAUCAUCCUUUUCCAGAACCUAGACUCCCCUAUCCGUUUACCUCUUCUUUGACUCAGAAGGAGCAGAAAACAUACCUGUAUCUGAUGACUAAGUACUCAAAAAACCCAAAACAUUUUCAAGUUAAUGCAACAAGUCAGAGAGAAUUAUUCACGUAUCUGCAAAUGAAAGAAGUAGUAAACAGUGAAAUUGCAGAAUUUAUGAAAUUUGCCCAAAAUGCUGCAAAAAGCUGCGCCCAAGACUAUGAUACUAUCUCCGAGGAUGCACAACGUUAUACGGAGGAAUUACUGCGUGCUUGUAUUGGACAUGUGCAAACGCAUCCUGAAUCUUACACGCUUCAGGAGAUCAUAAGCAUCAUGGGAGGAAAGUUUCAUACUCAGUUGACGCUUAGGCUGGAAAAAAAUCUUCUUGUAAUGGGAACGGCAAGACGUGGUAAAACAGAUUUCCCUACCAUGCCUGUUCAGCUGCCUACAGAUUAUGAAACUGUUACAGGUAUUAUAACUCCAGAAAAAAAGGCUUCUAUUAUGCACAAUGAUAUUAGUUCAGAUUCAAAUGCAGAAAAACUUGCUUUGAAAUACUCUCCUCAAGUUGUUUUAAGUAAUCAAUCGUUAUUUACUUUACUGAAUAAUCAUGGACAGAACUACAAGGAGCAAUGGGAAAUUCCAGUUUGCGUUAAAAGGAUCCCUGUUGCAGGUAGCAAAUCAGCUAAAGUGGUUUAUGUUGAUUCACCUCUGCUGAGAAAAGAAAUGGCAGUAAGAGAGAGGAACCAGAUCUUCCAUGAAAUUCCUAUGGACUUCCUAGCAACUAAAAAGUCUUACGUUUCAAUUUCUGAUGUAUCGAUGGACAAACCAGCUGAAGACAACCUGUUUCAGUGGGAUAUGCCUUCAGAUACUUACCAGUACAGGAAGAUUCCUCUUCCAGAUGACACAGGGAUGGACUUUGAUGGUGACGUUACAGAACUGGAAACCUUUGGAGCAACAGUCAAGCUCUCAAAAACUUCUAAAAUGGAAAGCAGUUUUCCUACAGUUAGUAACACUGCUAAAGUUUCUGAGCAAGGAGUUUCAGCAUGUGCCAGCACACAGCUCCCGUCAUUAGAUGGCAUUGUAUGCUUGGGCCUUGACGAAAAUUCAUCUCAUAAAAGCUUUAACUCAGAGGAGCUAGGACUGAACAAAGCACAGCAUGUUAUGACCAAAGAAGUAUUGGACUGUGAAACAAAACUGAAUACUCUAGCUAAUGCUGUUAGUUACAAGAAAGAGUCUGAUACUGCACACAAAAAUGAGACUCGCACUUCUUUGUGCAGUAGUGACACAGACGAAGAGUGUUUGAUAAUUGAUACAGAAUGUGGAAACACUGAUUGUUGCAAAACAACUGUGCCAGACACUGUUUCUCAUACCUCAGCAGAGGCUGCCAAAUCACCCUCCCCUACCCAGAUUCCAUUAGCAAACAUGGCUGAUCUCUCAGAUACCAUAAAUCAGGGAAAAAGUACCUCGAGGAGUGCUACAAGAAAGUUCUCCAAAGAAUUUGAUCCUGUUGGACAGAUCUUGAAAAUGCAAACUGAACUUCUCAAAUCACCUUCCCGAAAAGCUCAUGAACAGCCGGUGGUGAGCUGUGAUAACUCUAAUGCUGUGCCAGCCCAUGUGCCUCAAUCUCCAAAACCACUGGUGACCUCCAGCACAGAAACUCUGCCAGCCCCUGCCUCGGACCUCAACAGCUCAUCUAGAAGUACCUGGACUUGGCUUUUUCAGGGGCUGCCAAAGAGAAAGCUGCCAAAUGAACUUCAGAUGCUUGAGGAAGACCCUUCAGAGUACAAAGCACCUCAGGAUGGCAACCUUGUGUAUAAGCUGUUCAGUCUGAAUGAUCUGUUGUUACUUGUACGGUGCAGCGUGCAAAAAGUGAAGUCAUUGCGACGAAACCCUAAGAAGAAAAAAGGUCAAAAGCAUACACCAAUAUUCUUGUUGCCAAAACUAGAGUAUCAAGCCUAUUACGGUGUUGAAGCUCUUACAGAAAGUGAAGUAUGUCAGUUGUGGACAGAAAGAAUGUUGCAUUCUGAAUGCUUAUUUUAUGUUGGCCGUAUUGAUGCUUUUACAUCAAAGCUUAUUAUGCUAGAAAAGAUUUCUCCAGAAACUUUAAGGGAAAAAGUUGAAUUGAUAAAGCCUGCAAAUUCACUGAAUAUACUUCAUCAUAUUUUGAAGAAAGUGUCUGAUUUGCAGGAGGGCUCUUAUUUAUUGACUCAUGCUGCAGGAGAUUCAUCAGUUGCAAUUUACAAGAGUUCACUUGAUAAGACAACAAGAGCAUCAUAUAACUUACAUAAAGCUCAUUGCGAUCUGCCUACUGUACCUGCCACUCUUUCGGUCCCAUGGGUGCCACUAGACCCUAGCCUCCCUUUACCCUAUCACAUCAGUCAUGGAAGAGUUCCAUGCACCUUUCCACCUGCACCCCAAGAAGCCGUGUGGAAACAGAAGAUGACUGGGGCAAAAGGACAGUCUGACACACCCUAUGAGGGAAAGCCAGUAGCUAUGGAAACAAAAGGCAAUCCUGCUAAGCCUGCUAGAAAUGAAGGUGCGGCUGCAAAGAAGCUGAGGAGAAAUUACUGCAAACAAAGAAUGAUGAAGAAAAAGUGGAAAAUGAAGAACAAUAAAAUGCAACGGAAGUAGGAGUAGCUGAACCAUGCUGUGAUAAAUAUGGCCUGGAAUAGGGCAGGGCAAAACAAAAAACCUGGGGUUUUCUUGCAGCUUCAGAGGUGCCAGAACAAACUGGCAGGGGAAGCGGCUCCAUAGCUGAAACAUUCUGUAAACCUUUAACCCUUUCUUACCUCAGUGGACACAUUUCUAGUGAAAAUGUCAAAUUCAGUCAAAGGAAAAAAGAGGAAGUGUCUGCAGCUUUGGUUAGGGAACAAAAGUAUCUUCUGUUGGUCUCAUGAUUUUUGUAGUAAAACUGUGGCUUGAAGAGUGAAGCAGUGGUUGAUAGCAAUAUCUGAUACCACGUAACAACAAAACAUAACUUUCCAGCUUUCUUAAUUCUUCCAGAAUCACUAUAGAAUUUUAUUCUGACACAUUUUAACAUUACGUUUUACUUUGUGUAAUAUGUAUAAAGGGAACAACUUGGAUUUAGUUACUUAAUCCUUUUAACACACAGUGUCUACCGUUUUUAAAUUACUUUUAAAAAUGCAUCUUCUUUUUAGGCUGGUGUAACAGAUGAGGUUUAGCGAACAAAAUCUGUAUUUAUUUGAAUAGUACGUGCCAUAAAUUUGUACUAGGAAAGUUGGGAUUACAGCUAGACAGGUAAAAAGAGGUAUUUUUACACUUCCCCAGAGUAAUUUCCAAAAAUUGUUUGGAUUCUGGUGUGUCCUCAAAAAUGAAUAUCGCAGUUAUUUACUGUAUUACUGCACGGCCAUAACCUAAAUCUCACAUUAGAUUGCACAUCGUGUCCCUGUCCAUGGGAUAGGUGAUUGCACAUGGUCUCUCUCACAAGAAUAGUUAGGGUUAGGGUUAAGGUCCUUUCCAGACCUGACUAUUCUGUGAUUCUAUGCAGUAGUACUUAUCUAAGGUAUUAAGGAUUGCUUGGAGGAACAAGUGAUAGGAUCAAGGCCUUGGUCAGUGUUGCAAAAACCCAACCAGACUAUGCUGUGCAUCAGCAAUUUGCUCCAAAUUUCGAGCCAAACUGACAGAGUAAAGAUAGGAAAAUGGAAUACUUACUGUCUAUGAAAAAGCCAAGCAAUGUGAUGACAUGCAGUUUCCUGCUGAAUAUGAGUUGUGUGGAAAAAUUAAAGCCAUUCUGAACGUUUGCAUGUAACCAUGUUGUAUUGUGUGAUGUAUGACUAACAUGGUUGCUUGUGAGUGAAGGUUUCUUUGUGUUACAACUGUUUUCUGGUACAUAUUUUCAGAGUUUCAUCAAAUAGACUUUCAACAGAAACAGUCCUUGAAACUGAGGCUCGAAAAUGAUGUUCACUGUCAUCACUUGUGGUUUGUAUUUGUUUUCUGGAUUUCUGCCUAUAUUGUCCUCUAUUAAAAGUACUGAAUUUAGAAAACCUCAUGAAUUCUUGAAAGCCAUGAGUUCAGUAAAUUCUUUCCCUUUUUUUUCUUUUAUUUUAAACAACAAAACUGUUAUUUUAAAAUGUCUGAGCCAGUUUUUGUUUGGAUGAUGUUCUGGAGAGCUGCUGGUAUGGAUUAACUGCUUAAAUAAAACACAAAGGCUUUA